AUGUCAGCAGUUGAGCUCAAAAGAGGUCCCGGCCGACCAAAGGGUUCCAGAGUAGUGAAGAACCGUGCGCCAGUUCGCCGCUCGAUGCGUGAAACCACCGCAUCAACAAGCCCGGAAGAUGAAGGUCAAGCUGAUGGCCACGAAAAUGACAUGUAUGAAUAUACCCAUAAGCUUCCAUCACGGGAGAACCUUCCCAUUCCACUCCUGCAAUGGACCGCUAAGUCCCACCAAAGUCAUGCACCUCCAGCCUCGGACACUUCAUCCGCCGAAGAUGCUUCUUGGCAGGUCGAGCGCCAGAUAUUGCUAGACGAAAUCGAAGAUCUUAAUAACAAGUACUCAGCUAUAGAGAAGGAAUUGAGACAGGACAAGCGUCAAUCAGACCGGAAAAUCUCGGACUUGCAGGAGAUUUUGACGCACACUCGGAACGAAAGUACCAGACGAAUCGAGGAAGUUACCAGGGCCAGCGAGGACAAAAUCGAGGAACUGUCGAUGACGAACGGGCGGCUGAUACAGCGAGCCAACGAAGCGAAGGAGAGAGAAGCCGAGCUGGAGCAGCGAAUCGAUGUCUUGCUGAGUGGGCAGCCAGGGCCUCUGGCAGCGGGGCCUUCCAGUAGAACUAACCCAGCUCCGUCGUCGAGCAGGCCACAACCGUCUGCCUCGUUCAACCUCGUCGAUUCCUCUGCCGAAGAUGAAACGGCGAGCCCACGGCGCUGGCAACAGGCAUCCGGUGCCAAGAGGACAGAACGCAACAGGAGGGAGCCACAGAAGCGGACUCCAUGGAGUGACCAUGAUACGGUGACACUGCUCGAGUUGACCGCGAGCCACGGAGCGCAGUAUUCAAAACUUGAGAAAAUCUGGACAACACAUCUCCCAAAUCGUCAUCCGCGAGACCAGAAGCAAAUCAAAGACAAGGCGCGGAACUUGAAGGUCUUUUAUCUCAAGAAUAAUAGACCACUGCCCCCGGGAUUCGACGAAAUCAGAAUCGACGCCAAGGGAAGAGCACAGAUCAAAGAUGCAGGUUACAAUCCUGAUAGGAUGGAGAAUGAUAUAGAUGAAAAUGGACGGUUGUUUAACACGUACCCCGAUGAAGAGUAG